AUGAUCUACUCCGUCUCCCGCGGCGGGCUGUUUCCCUCCGACUCUGAACUUGCCAUCAUCUGCACUGACGAUUGUGUCAAUGACUUGGAGAAUCUCAAGGUUCUUCAGGGAAAAGACUGCUCCUCCAGUGAUUUGAUCUCUCAAGACGGCCAAUACUACCCCCCAACCUUCAUCACCGACAACUUGCUGUUCACCUACAACUACACUUGCAUCAGAGACCCGAAGUCUCAGGCAUACUGUGCCCCGUUGAUGGACGAGUAUAACAGCAAGGAGAACCCGACAUCCGAAGAGCUUUGCUCGGACUGUAACCUCCUGAGCCAGCAAGCUCAGUUGAACUCUCCAUUUGGCUGGGACGAUGAGUUUGAAGAAUCCUAUGCGUCGUUGACGAAAUCAUGUGGCGUCACGUCUUAUCCGGUGACAUCGCCGUCCCCGUACACCAUCAGUAUCAGUACCACAUCCGCGCCCGUGCCAUCGGCCCCAUCCACACUCGACGUGACCUGCGUCUCUAUGUAUACGAUCCAGCCUGAAGACACCUGUGAGUCUGUCGUCAUCUCUCAGCGAGUGUCGACCUUCUGGCUGAUGUACGCAAACAACUUACCCGCCUACUGCACCGGGUUUCCCAAGGCCGGCACCAAGCUGUGUAUUCCGCCGCAGUGUAACACCUACAAGGGAUUGCCAGGAGACACGUGUCCCGGCAUCGCCCUUUUCUAUAACAACGAAUUCACCCAGGAGGACCUCAUGAAGUGGAAUCCUAAUCUCAGCGCGAAGUGCAAGAAUGUGCGUAAGUUGGCAGACUCCAGGAUAUGCGUCAGCCCUCCCGGAGAUACUGCUGUGCUCACUUCAGCUGAACCAAUCCCAACAUCAACCUCGCCACUGGCCUACUUGGGUACCUCCCCGAAGCAGAACCUCGACUUCUACUUCACUAUCAACAAGAUCAACCACAGUGACACCUGCUCCCACUUUCACUCCGAUCGGAUCACUGCCACUUGCUGCAGGCACCCUGGAGGACUGUAUACGUUACCGCAGCUACAUAGAGAGUCGCUCCACGAGAAGAGCGUCGGAUAG